UGUAUGCGAUUUUGCUCAUCCCGGCUCGGAAAUCAGAAUAGCUCAAAAGAAGAAUGUUCAGAGGAUGACAAGUGUAUUCUGAGUAGUACCGUGGUGACAACAUGCCAUUGAAAUGGAAAACGGGCUCUCCUGCUCUCUGGAAAUUCCCAGUUCCUGUGCUUAAAACAUCCAGGUCAACUCUACUUCCUCCAGCAUACAUAUCUCUAGUGGAGGAGGACCAACUCAUGAAAUUGUCCCUUGGAAGCUGCGAAAUGGGUCUCUCGUCACAUCUCCAGUCAUCCAAGUCUGGAACCAUGCGCAUCUUUACCAGCAAUAACCACAGUUCUCUGGUGUUAAAGGGCUUUGACCAGCUUCGACUUGAAGGAUUGCUUUGUGAUGUGACACUGAUGCCAGGUGACACGGAUGACGCCUUCCCUGUGCAUCGAGUCAUGAUGGCCUCUGCUAGUGAUUACUUCAAGGCCAUGUUCACAGGUGGAAUGAAAGAACAAGAUUUAAUGUGCAUUAAGCUUCAUGGUGUGAGCAAAGUCGGUUUAAGGAAAAUUAUUGAUUUCAUUUAUACUGCAAAGAUUUCUCUUAACAUGGACAAUCUUCAAGACACUCUGGAAGCUGCCAGUUUCCUACAGAUUCUGCCGGUUUUGGACUUCUGCAAAUUAUUUCUCAUAUCUGGGGUCACUUUAGACAAUUGUGUCGAAAUCGGUCGGAUUGCCAACACCUACAAUCUGACAGAAGUGGAUAAAUACAUCAACUGUUUUGUCCUGAAGAAUUUUCCUGCGUUGCUGAAUACCGGGGAGUUCUUGAAACUCCCUUUUGAGAGUCUUGCCUUCGUGCUUUCCAGUAAUAGCCUUAAGCAUUGCACUGAACUUGAGCUCUUCAAGGCCACCUGCCGCUGGUUACGCCUGGAAGAGCCUCGGAUGGACUUUGCUGCAAAAUUAAUGAAGAACAUACGAUUUCCACUGAUGACACCACAGGAGCUCAUUAAUUACGUGCAAACUGUGGAUUUCAUGAGAACUGACAAUACGUGCGUGAAUCUCCUUUUGGAAGCCAGCAAUUACCAAAUGAUGCCGUAUAUGCAACCAGUGAUGCAGUCAGACAGGACUGCCAUUCGGUCUGACACCACUCAUUUGGUCACACUGGGAGGCGUUCUGAGGCAGCAGCUGGUUGUCAGCAAGGAAUUGCGCAUGUAUGACGAAAAGACCCACAAAUGGAAAUCCUUAGCCCCCAUGGAUGCCCCAAGAUACCAGCACGGCAUUGCCGUCAUUGGAAAUUUCCUCUAUGUUGUCGGCGGACAGAGUAAUUACGACACAAAAGGAAAAACGGCAGUCGAUACCGUCUUCAGAUUUGAUCCUCGAUACAAUAAAUGGAUGCAAGUCGCAUCUUUAAAUGAAAAGCGUACCUUCUUCCACCUAAGUGCCCUCAAGGGAUACCUGUACGCAGUCGGUGGGCGAAAUGCGGCUGGAGAACUGCCCACAGUUGAGUGUUACAAUCCAAGAACAAAUGAGUGGACCUACGUUGCCAAAAUGAAUGAGCCCCACUAUGGCCAUGCUGGGACCGUGUAUGGGGGAGUGAUGUAUAUUUCAGGAGGAAUUACUCAUGACACUUUCCAAAAGGAGCUGAUGUGCUUCGACCCUGACACUGACAAAUGGAUCCAGAAGGCGCCGAUGACCACCGUCAGAGGUCUGCAUUGCAUGUGUACGGUGGGCGAGAGGCUCUACGUCAUUGGUGGCAAUCACUUCCGAGGAACGAGCGAUUACGAUGACGUCCUGAGCUGUGAAUACUACUCACCUAUCCUUGACCAGUGGACCCCAAUAGCUGCCAUGUUAAGGGGGCAGAGUGAUGUUGGGGUCGCUGUCUUUGAAAAUAAGAUCUAUGUGGUUGGGGGGUAUUCCUGGAAUAACCGUUGCAUGGUAGAGAUCGUGCAGAAAUACGACCCCGAUAAAGAUGAGUGGCUAAAGGUUUUUGAUCUCCCAGAGUCCCUUGGUGGCAUCCGAGCCUGUACGCUCACGGUUUUUCCCCCCGAAGAAACCACACCAUCACCUUCUAGGGAGUCCCCUCUUUCUGCACCAUAAGAUCAUCCCUACAAGAUGCUGUAGUCCUAUCUUCACAACGUGUCAUGAAUUCUCUUCUUUUGCCCCACUUUAGUAGUGUAUGUUAGGAUUAGCUUCCAGUAAUUGAUACAGAUAUUGGAAAAAAAAGACAAUAUUGAUGUUAUUUGUGCUGUUCUUUUGGCUUAGAGUGUUUAUAAAGUGGUAACAAAACCAUUCUGGAAAUGUAUCCCAUUGAAGCUGAUGUGUAACAUACAAAAAAAAAAAAAAAACACAAAAACAUACAAAAAAAAAACCCCAACUGAGGUAUUGUCUAUAAAAUGUUUCUUCAGUACUUUCUUGAUGCUGUGUACUGGGUGUGAGGUAUUUGUCAUCUUCUAUUAGAAAGGCUCAUAAGCCAACUUGAAGGUGGGUUGUAGUAACUGUACAAGUGUGCUAAUAACUUGGCUUCAAAGUAAAAAGUUUUCCUUUCAUCUUUGACUGUGAGGUGUCACCGGGAGACAGCUUGCUCCACCAGGAAACAAUAGCAAAAGGUCGCCAACUCGCAUGAGCUACCUCCCUCUUUUCAUAAAGUAUUUUUGACAUAUCCGUCAGCCCACCUGUCUGUGUGGGUGCACUGAGAACAUAGAAAGUUUCUUAGACACACAGGAGAAAUCAUCAGUGAAAUUCACCAAUAUCGAUUAAAAAAAAAAAAUGGCACGACCCCUCUACUUACAAACAAGGGUUCGGGGUUCCUAAAGUGUGUAUAAAUACACAGGCACACAUACACCAGAUAUGAAAUUUUAAAAACUGGGUGGUGCGUCAGAUAAACGUGAAAGAGCCUUUGUAAAUUUCUUCCGAAAAGCAGCUUCCAUUAGAAUGGGAAUUUGGUAUGCACGUCCUGAACGCACGCGCGGAGGAUCAUACUGAAUUUAGGUGGGUAAGGGCUAGAAAUUUUGAGCAACUAAAUUUGUCACGAGACCAAAUUUGUCCUUCCGAAACUGUAAUCUACACCUUCUCCUUUGCUGUUGAGGUGACUUACGUAUUAUAUGUGUUCUUAUACUCUCAGUUCAUAAGGUUAUUUAGCUUUACCUGGCGAGCUGCUUCUGCUCCGUGAUUUCAACUCCCAUGUUUUAUCUCUUUUGUUCAAUAAAAAAGCAUUUAAUGUCA